GUUUCACGGUAUAAAAUCAAACCCCUUACAGCAUUUUAUCCUCGGUCUGAAAUACUUGGAAAGUUUACGUGAGAAAAUUAAAAAAAAAAAAACGGCUGAUAUCAUGAGUUCUAUCGGCAGGACGGACGAAAUAUUAUUCGACGAAACCACAAAAAUCAUCUCGUUGAACACAUUUCCCGAUGUCGAAUUUAGGGGGCUCGGGUAUGAAUUUUUUCGCAGCAUGAAGAUCAACCGACAUAAGAUUGCUCAGUUCAUUAACGAUUCCGAUUCCACGGACACCUAUGGUGCCCUACUUCAACGGUCAAUCAGAACGGCGUUGCAUCUGAGGGACAGAGACUUGACCGAAGACGACGUGAUCUGUCUCUGUUCUUACAAUCACGGGGACAGCUGCGUGCCUUUCAUCGCUUGCCUGUUUCUUGGGCUAAAAGUCGCGUCCCUUGAUCCUUCGCUGAGUUUAAACGACGCCAUCCACCUGGUCGAAUUAACAAAACCGAAAGUAUUCUUCGUGGUAACAGACUGCUUGCAAAUGAUACGAGGUUCCAUAAAAGCCGUGGAUAUAGAUUCAGAAAUCGUCGUCUACUCCGAAUCCAAAAUCGAUGGGUGUACUCCCUUCAGUACGUUCUUACAAGAGCACGUCGAUGAAGAAACCUUCAAUCCGAAAGAGCCAGCAGAUGUUUCUGAUACAGCGGUCGUAUUCUUCAGUAGCGGCACCACGGGACUGCCCAAGGGAAUAUGCUCGACCCACAAGGGGCUGCUAUACCAGGCCUUUUUCCUAAAUCACCUGGGCAUGGUCGCUUCCAACGGAGUCGUCUUAUCUUACUCUUCUUUGUACUGGAUAUCCGCCGUCAUGAACCUCGUCGCUUGCACGAUUCUUGGAGCCGCUAGGGUGAUCUGCAAGUCAUUCGACCCUCUUGAAACGUGGAAGAUUAUAGACAAGUAUAAGGUCUCGUACAUGUUUUCCGCACCGAUUCAGGCGUACCACAUGUUGGCGGUCGGUAGACCUGACAACAUCGACACGAGCAGCUUAAACGCGUUAGUCACCGCAGGUAGUCACUGCUCGGUGGAUAAAAUAACCGAGCUAAGAGACCUGUUGCCAGGGACGUACGUCUUUCAGGGAUACGGACAGACGGAAGUGUCGGGCGUGUCGUUGUUUUUCAACACCAAUCGGACGAAGGACAAGUUGCAACUGUAUUACAAGCCGGGCUCGUGCGGGAAACCGCUACCCAUGUUCAAGUACAAGGUUACAGACGCGGAAACUGAAGAAAACUGCGGGCCUAAUCAGAGAGGGGAGUUGCGUGUCAAAUCCGAUUUGUUGAUGAACGGAUAUUUCGGCAUGGAUUCGUCGGUAGCUUUCGAUUCAGACGGGUGGUUGAAGACCGGAGAUGUGGUAUACUACGACGACGAGUUUUGUUUUUACAUUGUUGAUAGGAUAAAGGAAAUGUUGAAGUACAGAUCUUGGCACGUGGUACCUGCCGUGUUGGAACAGGUAUUGCUCUCCCAUCCGGCGGUCCAACAAGCGGUCGUUAUAGGCGUCCCCCACGAAGUAGACGGCGAUCAUCCGAUGGCUUUGGUGAUCGUUAACGACGGAAGCAGCGGCGUAACGCCCGAAGAAUUGGAAAAAUACGUGGACGACAAAGUUAACGAGACGCACAGGCUCAGGGGCGGGGUCAAAUUCGUGAAGUCGUUUCCGGUGACCCCCUCAGAAAUAUUUUACGACGAUUCUACGAAGAUAAUUUCGGCCACUCAACUACCAGAUGUUAAGUUUCGAGGACUGGGGUUCGAAUGUUUUCACGCCAUGGUGAAGAAUGGCAGCAAAAUAGCACAGUUUAAUUAUGAGACGGACUCCACGGACACUUUCGAUGCCCUAAUCCAACGCUCAAUCAGAACCGCUUUGCAUCUGAAAGACAGAGACUUGUCCGAAGACGACAUGGUCUGCCUUUGCUCUUACAGUCACGCGAAUAGUUGCGUGCCUUUCUUAGCUUCCCUGUUUCUUGGGCGAAAAAUCGUAUCUCUGGACCCUUCGCUGAGUUUGAACGACACCAUCCACCUGGUCAAGUUAGUAAAGCCGAAAAUAUUCUUCGUGGUACCGGAUUGCUUGCAAAUGAUACGAAAGGCGACAGAAGCUGCGGGCAUAGAUCCAGAGAUCGUCGUCUACUCAGAUUCCGAGAUCGAUGGGUGUACUCCAUUCAGUUCGUUCUUGAAAAAGCAUCCCGAUGAAACAACAUUCGCUCCAGUGGAACAUGCAGAUGUUUCCGAGACGGCCGUCGUCUUCUUCAGUAGUGGCACCACCGGGCUCCCUAAAGGAAUAUGCACCAGUCAUAAGGGGUUGUUUUAUCAAACUUGUUUGUUUAAAUACUUGGACUUUAUGAAUGAAAAUAGCGUGGUCUUGUCUUUCACAAGUCUCUACUGGAUAUCUGCCGUUCUGUGCCUCAUUGCGACUACCAUUUCCGGAGCUGCUAGGGUUGUGUCCAAAAAAUUUGAUCCUCUGACUGCGUGGAAACUUCUGGAUAAUUAUAAGGUGACGAGCGCUUUUUGCUCACCGAUCCAGAUGUGCGAAAUGCUGUCGAUUGGCAGACCUGAAAAUAUCGAUACGAGCAAUUUGAGAACUUUCGUAGUGGGAGGCUCUAACUGCUCCGUACCCAAACUCUGCGAACUUAGGGACUUGUUGCCAGGAACGUUUGUUUUUCAAGGAUUCGGGCAGACCGAAACCUCCGGCGUCAUGUUGAUGUUUAACAUCAAUGAUCCCAAAGACCGCACCGAGAUACACAACAAACCAGGCUCGUGUGGUAAACCAAUUCCGAUGUACAAAUACAAGGUUACGGAUCUGGAAACUGAAGAAAACUGCGGACCUAAUCAGAGAGGGGAGUUGCGUAUCAAAUCCGAUUUGUUGAUGAACGGAUAUUUCAACAUGGAUUCCUCAGUGACUUUCGACUUGGAAGGAUGGUUGAGGACGGGGGAUGUGGUGUACUACGACGAAGAAUUUUGUUUUUAUGCUGUGGACAGGAUCAAGGAAAUGCUGAAGUACAGGUCUUGGCACGUGCCACCUGCAGUAUUAGAACAGGUAUUGCUCUCCCAUCCAGCAGUCCAACAAGCGGUCGUUAUAGGCGUCCCCCACGAAGUCGACGGCGAUCAUCCGAUGGCUUUGGUGAUCUUAAACGACGAAAGCAGCGGCGUAACGCCCGAAGAAUUGGAAAAAUACGUCGAGGGUAAUGUGAACGAAACGCACAGGCUCAGGGGUGGCGUCAAGUUCAUGAAAUCCUUCCCGAUAACCCCAACCGGUAAAAUUAAACGCACCGAUUUGAAGAAAAUGGCGUUGAACGGGUCAAUUUAGUCGCGUCAUACUUUAGUUACUGCCAAAUUUGAAAGACUUUGAACUGGAUCGCUAGUAGACAAUACGUGAGGACUUUGCCUUGGAUCUACAAAGGAAGGAGCAUCAAUGUUUUCGUUAUAUUGGUAUCGAUUUCACGCCUUACGCUCGUUAUCAUGGCGCUGUGAAAUAGGAAUAUAUCCGACGCAGCGACCUUAAGUUUGUAAUUGUCCAAGAUGAAUAAAAAGUUCUCAACCUAAAAUCGUAGUGGUCAGCCGACAAUCCGAUUUAACUGGUAGUUACCUCUCUUAAACUGGGAGCAACAACCCGACAGUAUCAAUUCAAGACAAAAAUUGCUGGUAAAAGUUAUUAAAAUAAUAUUUUUAAUAUAUAUUGUUUCCGGUUCCUACUCUAAAAAAAAGUGUCACUUGAAAAGACGACUUUAAAGAUUAUUAUAAUUUUGACAUGUGUCAAAACCGAUGGUGAUAAAAUAGUAAACUCUCCAACACGGUUAUUAAUUUCUCCACAAAAAAAGUUGCCGCCAGCUUAAGAGAAUUGUAAUUAGUAACUCGAUUACCAUCUGAGAUUCUUUCGCUGUAAGUCUACUGAUCGGGUACUUAAACAAAUAGCUGGUUAAAUCGUCGGUCUAAAACCCAAAACGUUAGAUUAGUGAAAUGUAUAUGCCUCGAAUAAUAAUGAUAUUCGCUAGAAUGUACCAUAAAUUAAUUUAAUGUAUCCAUUUUGCGACAUUAAAAUGAAUUGCAGUAUUAGGACUUUUGCUUGUUUUAAUGGUCCUAAAGUUUUAUUCUCCCAAUAAAUUUGAAGAAUGGACUCUAUUACGGCAAUUUUUAUUUUGCAAUUAUCUUAAUUUUAAUUAAGCGGUUAUUAUAAAAAUUGGUUUUCGGAAACUUCCUCAUUCCCACCAUUUUACAUUCAACCAUAAAAAAUAAACAGAUCUUUUACAC